CGCAAGCUCUCUUGUCCUGCCAGCGAGCGGUUUACAAAAGUUAUGUUUACAUGGAGACAAACAAACAAACAAACAAAAAAUCGGUCUCUCGCUACGUUCGCCCGGGUUUGUCACAAUCCACCCAGCAGCCAAACUUUUCAUGCCGUGGCGAGAGAGUGUACUGUCUCUUUAAGGUCCCUCUGCUCGUCUGUUUCGUAUUGAUCAAUCCACCAUUUUCCAACACACAGCGGCGGCAGUGCUAACACAGCUCCGGCACUGCGAGAGAGACGAGAGCCACCCCUCUACCUGGAGAGGAAGCCAGGGACCGGGGGCAGCCAUGGCAGCGAACAUGUACCGGGUUGGAGAUUAUGUUUAUUUUGAGAACUCGUCCAGUAACCCACUGCUGAUCAGGAGGAUAGAGGAGUUGAACAAGACAGCCAAUGGGAACGUGGAGGCCAAAGUGGUGUGUUUUUACCGGCGCAGGGACAUAUCCAGCACACUCAUCGCCCUGGCAGACAAACAUGCAAGGGAGCUGGAGGAGGAGAUGGAAAAUCCAGAGAUGGCCGACCUCCCCGAGAAACAGAAGCACCAGCUCCGACACAGAGAGCUCUUCCUGUCCCGCCAGCUGGAGUCUUUACCUGCCACGCACAUCAGGGGGAAGUGCUGCGUAACUCUGCUGAAUGAGACAGAAGCCCUGAAGUCGUACCUGGACAGAGAGGAUGCCUUCUUCUACUCGCUGGUGUAUGACCCUCAGCAGAAGACCCUGUUGGCUGAUAAGGGGGAGAUCCGUGUUGGGAACAAGUUCCAGGCCGACAUCACUGACCUGCUCAAUGAAGGUGAGGAAGAUGGCAGAGACUUGGAGAAACUAGAGGAGAAGGUGUGGGACCCCAACAGCUCACUGACGGAGAAACAGAUCGACCAGUUCUUAGUCGUGGCUCGUUCAGUUGGUACAUUCGCCCGAGCCUUGGACUGCAGCAGUUCUGUCCGGCAGCCCAGCCUUCACAUGAGCGCUGCCGCAGCCUCCAGAGACAUUACCUUGUUUCACGCCAUGGACACUCUCCACGCCACAGGCUAUGACAUGACUCGAGCCAUCUCAGCGCUGGUGCCUCAAGGUGGGCCCGUCCUCUGCAGGGACGAGAUGGAGGAGUGGAGCGCCUCCGAGGCCAACCUGUUCGAGGAGGCACUAGAGAAGUACGGCAAAGACUUCACCGAUAUCCAGCAGGAUUUUUUGCCCUGGAAGUCCUUGACGAGUAUUAUUGAGUAUUACUACAUGUGGAAGACCACAGACAGAUAUGUACAGCAGAAACGAUUAAAAGCAGCUGAGGCAGAAAGCAAGUUGAAGCAGGUCUACAUCCCUAACUAUAACAAGCCAAACCCAAACCAGCUGAGUAACAAUGUAAAGCCACCUCUGGUGAAUGGAGCAGCGGGCGCGUUGGGUGCAGUAGGCGCAGUGGGCACAGCGGGUGCAGCGGUUGCAGUGGGUGCAGCGGGUGCAGCGGGUGCAGUGAUCCCAGGAGCUCCAGGCUCGGGGCAGACGCCCGGCCUCGGCAGAGCUUGUGAAAGCUGCUACAUGGUUUUAUAUAUGCAACAACAGAGCGUCUCAGACAGAGGGGGAAUACAGUACACCAGCAGCUCUUACCAGUGGUACUCGUGGGGACCUCCCAACAUGCAGUGUCGCCUGUGCGCGUCAUGCUGGACUUACUGGAAGAAGUAUGGAGGGCUGAAGAUGCCCACGAGACUGGAUGGCGAGCGGCCUGGACCCAACCGCAGCGCAUUGAGCCCCCACGGCCUGCCCCUGCGGCACAGCGGCAGCCCCAAGUUCGCUGUGAAGACGCGACAGGCUUUCUACCUGCAGACCACCGGCCUUACGCGGAUGGCCCGCCGCCUCUGCCAGGACAUCAUCCGGCCGCGGUAUCUUGCCCGGCACCCCUACCUCCCCGUCAACACAGCAGCCAUCAAGGCAGAAUGUGCCCUCCGGUUGCCAGAUGGCCCAAAAAAGCCAUUGUCACUGAAACCUGUGGAACGUAAACCUCUGGAAUCUGUGGUUCGAUAUUUAGAAGCACAUCCCCGUCCACCCAAACCCGACCCUCCGAUUCGUGGAGGGUCCAUCUCUACAGGCAGCCUGACGCCCAUAAAGGCCUCUCCCAUCCUAAACAAUGGCUCACCCACCAUCCUGGGCAAGCGUACCUAUGAACAGCACAACGGACUCGACGGCUCUAAAUCCAAAGGCCUGACUCCACAGUGGGACAUCAUGGCCAAGCGGGUGAGCGAGGCGUCGCGGCCCUCGGUCUCCCUGCAGGACGAGGUACAUGAACUGGACUGACCGCUCUGUGGGAACGACCUCUACUACAAAACCCCACUGAGCAGAGGGGGACAUGAAUUGGAAAGUAAUUUUCCAACACACCAUAGCCGAGGGCAGCUGAGAGAAGUUGAAGCUGAGAGGAGACGACAGCAUUGGCCACCUUUCUUCAGUCAGUACGGGUCUGUCACGCUGCUGAAGACCAACAGAUAAUCGAUCAGUUUGGCUGCGGCCAUUUGGAAGAUGAGCCUGACUGUACAGGACUGUGUUUAUUACUUACAUUUAUCGUUAUAACUGUUAUUGUAAUUAUUGUUAUUGUUAUUAUAAUUUUUUUUUUUUUUUUUUACCGACUAUAACUCAGCGUAUUGUUUGUCGAUCAAACGAUGGAACUUGUGAAGUUUCAUGAUAAAUGCUUGCAGAAACCCUGUGGAUGAAAAGGGUGGAAGGACUGUAACAUAAGCCACUUGCAUCUUCUAUGUUUUUUUUGUUUUGUUUUGUUUUUUAACAAGUUAAAUUCAACAAGGAGACGCACUUUUAUUUCAGCGACACGAGUUAACUCCUUGUCUCUUUUUGUUUUCAAAUGAAUUCGAAUGCUUUACGGGAAAUCUUCUGUUUUGUGAGCCGGCCCCCCCGCUCUUCGGCCAGAGAGGUUUAACUUAUUGAGAAAGACUUGCUGUUUUUUCUACCUUUUUCACAAGUAAUGCAUCUAUGCUUAGAUAAUGUAAUUAAAAAAAGAUAAUUGAC